AUGGAGGUGGGCCAGAAAAUGAGAAGGGAAAAAGAGAAGAAAGAGGGCGAAAUGGCGCAGCUGGCGGCGCAGAUUGUGGCACUGGGUCGUGCUAAGGGCGGCGACACCGAUGGAGUCGUCGAGAUUCUCAGUCGCAUUUCUGAAAUGACGAGCUCGUUUGAUGCUGAAACACUGGCGCAGUUUAGCAUCGAUCUGGAGCUGAAGCAGGUGCUACGGGAGAACAGGAAGGCGGAGGUGAUCGAGAAGACGGCGGAGCUGCUUCCUCUGAUUCGGAAUCCGAAGAAUCUCUACGACGAGCUUGUGGGGUGCCUUGGGGACGAGGAGCUUGGGAUUCCGACGCUAAUGACGGUCUAUCUGUUGCAGCAGGAGACCGAAUUCCACUUCAGUGGCUUCGAGGCAGCCGUGUUGGAUGCAAUUCGACCAGAAAAUGCCCGUGUUGAGGGGUUUCUGUUCUUCAUUCUUCAAAUUGCAGAAAGAAGUAUAAUUAAUAGGGGAUGCAGGACAUUCAUGGUCCAGGUGGCAGACAGGCUCAUUCUGGCAGCAACAGACGGUGUUGGAGAGUCAAAGGCAGCCACCAGGAUCCUCUACGCCGUCCUAGUUCUCCUCAGAAUGCAUCCAGCAAUAUUUCAGGAAGUCCAGCUUCGUAGACUCAAUAUUCUUAGGGCGUCAGUCGGAAACGUCAGGCAGAUGGCGGAAAGGAUUCUCCUCGAAGCCAGAAACGCCUUCUUGCGACCAAAACGCGUCUUUCUCGACAACUUCUCAUUCCCGGAAGACGAUCUUCUUGAAAACAGGGACAAAACAAAUUAG